CCUCCUGUUUGGUUUUGGUUGAGCAGUUUCACAGUCCAAGUCGUUUGUUGAGCAUUUCGACAUUAAGCACAGCUUCAGAUUCGGAGCUGGAUGCCGACACACUCACUUCCUUCGCACUUUCCAGUCAUCCCAAUUACUCAUCGCUUUUCUCAACUCAUUCGAUAGCUAGAGUUAAGACAAACCAGAACGCCGCUUCCAAUUCUGUCAAAAAUAGAAACAUUCCCAAAAAAGUGAUCUGUAAAAGAUCGCACACUUCUGAUACUUACACCACCUACGCUCCUAUUGAGUUGGAUCUGACUUGACCAUUUUGUUGGCUACGCUACCACCACUGGGGAAGAAUAUACACGUCCUUCAGACAGAAUUUCUUGAUCAAUAAACUUGAAAUGUGAUAUUUGGAGAAAAGUUUACCAAAGAAAAAAAAACACUGGUCAACAGAUCUCUGAUUUGGAAAUUGUGGAACUGCAAACAACUCCCGAUUUGCCCCAAGCGUUUUCUCAGCAAGAAGAGAGUGAGAAUGAGAAGAAGGAGCAGAAUUGGUGAAAGCCACCCUAUUCCGUCUCCCCAUCCACGUCUUGGUCUCGUGUGAGCUAGACUUUCUCCCAAGAAAAAGAAGGAUUUCUUGGAUCGUCUCAAGUUUUGACAUGGUUUGACUUGACGUUUGCACUGGUGAAACUUGUAAUAUUCUUGAAAGUAAAAUCUAAUAUUUUAUUUGAAAACGUCAAACGUGUUUUGACAAGUGACAAGUGAGUAUCUUCAGUCUGACUAGGCUCAAAUAAUCAUCCACCCCUCUUAUCCAGUCUACUUUUAUUGCAAUAAAAAAUGAACUUAUUGCAAAUAAAUCAUUCCCAAAGUUGAAUUAUUGACACUGCAUCAGGUCUUGAAUUGUUGUUAUCAGAACAGUUUUUUGUUGAACGUCUCACAUGCGACCUGAAUAUUACUUCGUUGGGAUUGCAUAUGUAGGCUUGCUCAAGUCGAGAUUACUUAAAAUGUACGAGUAGCAGAUUCUACAACAACGAAUGAAUACAUGUCACGCAGUUUCUGUAAAUAUUAAAUUUUAAUCUUUUCCCAUCAUCCAUCACCGGUCGUAACAACAAUUGAAUUUUCCGUCGGCGUGACUGGUGGACGGACAGGACCACUGAACUAAACACUAUAAUAAAAGUAAUAAUACUGAAAAAACUUUCUUAACCUAUUCACCUAUUCAACUCAUCCUGACUCGAAGCUCCUGCUGGUCAACGGGACACUUUUCACAGAAAGUCAGACACGAUUUAUUUAUGGUGACACUUUCUAGCUAUAAACAGCCGCUUGAUUUUGCGGGUCAUCGAGUUGCAAAUGCAAUUUCCAGUUAAUUAAUUCAAGCUCACAAAUAAUCCAUCACGAUGAAUCUCCUAAUUACUAAUGUCGCAUUCGUCUUACUCACCGUUUGGAAUUCAAUUCUUUUGGGGUCACAUGCCACAGCAUUGUUUUCAGAUACGUUCCUGGAAAGAGUCAGCAACGAGCCAGACUUUGUGGGAAACAUCAAGAAUGUCACAGUUCCUGCUGGACGUGAGGCCAUACUUUCCUGCAGUGUCUCCAAUCUGGGAAAAUUUAAGGUGGGAUUCUUACGAGCAGAAGAUCAGACGAUUUUGACCUUGGAUACUAAAGUGGUUACUCACAGCGGUCGAGUCACCGUGACCCACGACGGCGUACAGUGGAAUCUUCACAUACGUCCAGUGAAACCACAAGAUGAAGGGUGCUACAUGUGUCAACUGAACACGGCAGUAAUGAAGAAGCAAGUCGGCUGUUUGUCGGUGAAUGUGUCUCCUACAAUCAUUGAUGAAGAAACAAGUACGGAUUUAACCGUUAGGGAAGGGGAAAAUGUUACACUGGUCUGCAAGGCUACGGGACGUCCUCCCCCCAAAGUUACUUGGAGGAGAGAGGACGGAGAAAGCAUCAUGGUGCGGAGAGGGCUGCGAGACGUGUACAAAGGUUAUGAUAAAAUCGUUGGAACUGAACUACAAUUCGUGAGGGUGGACCGUCGACAAAUGGGAACCUUUUUGUGUAUCGCUUCCAACGAGGUGUCUCCAGCGAAAUCAAAACGGAUUUCUUUGGAGGUUUUGUUUGCACCCUUGGUGAAAGUACAGAAUCAGUUACUGGGGGCUCCUUACGGAUCAAAUCUCACAUUGGUGUGCGAGAUCCAGGCGAUGCCAAAACCGUUCGUUUACUGGAAAAUAGUAAAUCGCGGCCCGAUGCUCUUAGCGGACUUGGGGCUAAAAAAUAGCUCCAAGUACACCAUCGAAGAAAAGAGAUUGUCCUACAAAGUAUCAACCAGUCUUACAAUAAGAAAUUUUGGCAGUAAAGAUGUCGGAAUAUAUCAAUGUAUUUCGACCAACAGCAUCGGCAAAUCAGAGGGAAACAUCAGACUUCACGAAAUUAAAUUGAACAGGGGCACUUCUGCAGCGACAGAGCAUCAUCCAGUCACUCUUCCAGGAUAUGCAACCCCUCCAAUUAGCACAGAGGGAAGAAUUCAUCACACCAAUAAUCGCGACUUAUGGACUUCUUACGAUGUGGCGCCCAACCCGGUCAUGACACCUCAUGACACCAAGUCGGAAGUCAACAGGAAUGACAUCUCUGCCAUUUCCUCGUCAGUCGCCACCACGACUUCUUGGAGAACUCAUCUGCCACCCUCUUCCCACACAAUCAUCCCUCUUUUCCUCGUCCUCGCCGCCGCUCUCCCCAACCUCGUCCAAAGGUGACUGUCUCUGUAAUGGAUUACACCAUCUUCUUUUUAAUGAAAGCCAAGUUGGUUCUUAUCGGAUGAACUCGACAUUGAUUUCCUCCUUUCUUACUUUCACCCCUCGCACCCAACCUUUAUUCUCGUCGCUGAUGCACAUCUGCAUACCCUUCAUUUGUCACCCGACCCACUCGUUCGUGUUUUCAUUCGUUUCAAUAUUCAAUAUUUUUUGUAAUUCCACUAUCCUACUCGUACUUAGCAGAGGUUAUUUAAUUGGCCCCUUAUGUACUUAUUGUUUUUGGAGUACGUCAACUGUACAGAAGCUCACAUGACCAUAUCUUCUACAGCUACAUAAGGAUGUAAGACUAAAAUUAACAUUGUUAAAUAUCCGUAUUAAUCAUGAUGGAUGUAUCAAAAACACAGUUGUAUAAUUUACUAUUUGCUACGUUGUUUACAAGCUACAACAAGCUCGUAAAUGUAUAAAACGAUGCUUUUUAGUCUCUCGUUACCCAAUCACUAGUUUAUUAUAAAAAUAUGACAAAAGAUAGGAGAAAAAUUCGAAAAGUGCAUUGGUUCGACACGCGAAUAUGCUGUUAGUUAUCACGUGUAACAAAUAUUAGACAGAUCAUUUAUUUAAUUAUUGUAUCACAUCUCUCAUCCAUCGUUAUGUAGCAAUACAACAUAAUGUAUGAUAUCGUGUAUGUACUGUAAUAAGUAAGAGGAAUUAGGCGAAUAGGAAGCAUUUAUAUAUCAUUCACCAAAGUAUAUAUGAAAAUAUCCCACUUGCAACUUUACAAAAAUAAAGUAAAUUUAAUGCAAAAACCUUCA